AUGUCCGCCGCACCCAAGAAGAAAGCUGCUCCCAAGAAGCCCGCUGCCCACCCAAUGUACAAGGACAUGAUUGCCUCUGCCAUCUCGGAACUCAAGAACAAGGGAGGAAGCUCAAAGCUUGCCAUCUCCAAGUACAUCGUCAGCAACUACAACGGCUCGCUUCGGGAGCUUGGUCAAAAGAACGACUUCGCCUGUUCUGGUUCAUUCAAACUGGCCAAACCUGGUGUUGCACCCAAAAAGGCUGCACCCAAGACAGAAGAAGCCCGUCACCCGCCAAGAAAAGGUACGCCCCCAAGAGAAGGUACCCCAAAGAAGAAGCUGCACUCUCCCAAGAAGAAGGUUGCACCAAAGAAGAAAGCCAAAGUAACCCCCAAGAAGAAGGCUGCCCCAAGAAGAAGAAGCCUUGCUGCCAAGAAGGUUGCAAAGAAAGCUAAAUAA